AUGGUUAGCUUCAAAAUCACCGUUGCAUUGUCCUUGUUGGCUGUUGCCUCAGCAGGUCCUCAUGGGCUUUUAGGCGGCGCCCUUGGAGGGGGCGGUGGAGGGGGCGGCCUUGGCGGCCUUGCAGGCGGCGUCCUUGGCGGGGGCGGGGGUGGGGGCGGUCUUGGUGGCCUUGCAGGCGGCGUCCUUGGCGGGGGCGGCGGUGGGGGCGGUAUCCUCGGGAGCGUGGGUCAUGUCGCGGGCGACGUCCUACGAGCCAAGGGUGCCAUCCUAGGCGGUGUCCUAGGAGGAGGCAAGGGCGGUGGUUUCCUCGGCGGGCAUAAAGGAGGCAAAACGGGCUGCGCUAGAUACGUGAGCUACCGUAACGGUGGCGGACUUUUGGCUUCGAUUAGAUUCCUCGCCCAAGGAAUUCUUGGCGCUGCUGGAAACGCUAAGUCUCUGCUUCUAAACCUAUCUAAGGGAGAUCUCUCAGGAUCCAUCAAUGAUACUCUUAACGUGAUUGUUGUCAUAUCCAAGGCCGCUGCUGGUAUCAUCAACGCUCUGAUCUCAGGAGCCGGAGAUUUAAUUGGAAACAUUUGCUUGGUCAUUUCCAAACUCCUGUACUGCAGAAGGCAAUCUCCGAUAUACCUCGGCCAUCUAUCUGGAGGCCCGCCUUCAGUCUGCUUAAGUACUUUCGGCAAACAAUACGGUCUGAAACCAUACAAGGGAUCUCUGGACAAUGUUGAUGACCUCAUCGACUUCUACGGAGUCAGGGACGCCGUAUCUCAGCUCAAUGUUUUCAUCAACAAAUAUAGUAACGGCAAGGGACUAGAUAGUGUGGAUGUGAGCAUUAGGGUUGUCCUGCAAGCUUGGUUGAAGGUGGCCUCCAUCCUUGACAACAGCGACAAGAACAAGUGGAGUAAGGAUACCGUUCUCGAAAUCAUGAACCAAAUCAUCACCACAAUUGGUGGAAUUGGAAACAACUACAAACGUGGACUGGGAUCAGAAGUUGUUGAUGAUUUGCUUCGCCUUGUGUCCAUUUCCUUCGGAAAAUACGGUUACAAAAACGUCAUUCAAUACGGACCAAUCAUCAAAAAGAAGAUCAGCGUAUGCAGACCCCUCCCAUGGAAUGGUGCUUUGGACAUCAAUAAUGACGCAACCAUCGACACUGACUCUAACAACACUGGAAACACCAACACCGACAACAACAACACUAACGACAAUACCGACGUAAACAACCAGCACAACAAGAACCAGGACAACAACAACCAGAACAACAACAACCAGGACAACAACAACAAGAACCAGGACAAUAACAACGACCAGGACAAUAACAACGACCAGGACAAUAACAACAACCAGGACAACAACCAAUACAACAACAACAACCACAACAAUAAGAACCAGGAGAACAACAACAAGAACAACAACAACCAGGACAAUAACAACGACCAGGACACCAACAACCAGGACAACAACAACCAGGACAACAACAACCAGGACAACAACAACCAGGACAACAACAACCAAAAUAACAAGAACCAGGACAACAAGAACAAGAACCAGGGUAACAACAACCAGGACAACAACAGCAAGGACAACAACAACCAGAACAAAAACAACCGGAACAACAAGAAUCAGAACAACAAGAACCAGGACAAUGACAACCAGGACAACAACAACCAGAACAAAAACAACCGGAACAACAAGAACCAGAACAACAAGAACCAGGACAAUAACAACCAGGAUAACACCGAUCGCGACGACAACAACCAGACCAGGAACGAACAGAAAAACAAGAACAAAGUAAACAAUAAUGAACAGAAUAACAACCAGAAUAAUGACCAGGAUAACAUCGAUAGUGACGACAACAAUGACAACAACAACCAGGACCGCAACAACCAGGACAACAACGAACGUGACAACAACGAUUCUAACAAUGAUAACAACAGCAAGAAGGGACCUAAGAAUAAGGGACCUACAAACGAUGACAAUGACAACGGCUCUAACGUUGAUAAUAACAAGAAGGGACCUAAGAAUAAGGGACCUAGAAAAGAUGACAAUAACAACGGUUCUAAUAAUGAUAACAGUAAUGAUGACAAUAACUAUGGUUCAAAAAACAACAACAAGAAGAAUAAGGAACAUAGAAACAAUGACAAUAAGAACGGUUCUAAUAAUGAUAACAACAAUGACGACAAAAACGAUUCUGACAAUGAUGAUAACAACAAUGGAUCGAAAAACAACAACAAAACGGGACCUAAGAAUAAGGGACCUAGAAACGAUGAUAAUAAGAACGGUUCUAAUAACAAUGAUGACAAAAACAAUGGUUCAAAAAACAACAACAACAAGAAUAAGGGACCUAAACACAAUCACAAUAAGAACGGUUCUAAUAAUGAUAACAACAAUGACGACAAAAACGAUUCUAACAAUGAUGAUAACAACAAUGGAUCGCAAAACAACAAUAAGACGGGAUCUAAGAAUAAGGGACCUAGAAACGAUGAUAAUAAGAACGGUUCUAAUAAUGAUAACAACAACGGUUCUAAUAAUGAUAACAACAAUGACGACAAAAACAAUUCUAACAAUGAUGAUAACAACAAUGGAUCGAAAAACAACAACAAGACGGAAUCUAAGAAUAAGGGAGCUAGAAACAAUGAUAAUAAGAACGAUUCCAACGAUGAUAACAAUAACGGUUCUAACUAUGAUAAUAACAACAAUUCUAACAAUCAUGACAACAAUAAUGGAUCGAAAAACAACAACAAGACUGGACCUAAGAAUAAGGGACCUAGAAACGAUGAUGAUAAGAACGGUUCUAACCAUGAUAAUAACAACAAUUCUAACGAUGAUGACAACAACAAUGGAUCAAAAACCAACAACAAGACGGGAUCUAAGAAUAAGGGACCUAGAAACGAUGAUAAUGAUGAUUCUAACAGCGAUGGAGCUAAUGAUGACCAAGGGGAAUCAGGCGACAGCUACUACUACAAAGAAAAUAAUAAUGAAAAUAACUCCAAGGUAAAUUCAGGGAAAAAAUCCCAAGAAACGGGAUCCACUGUCUACUCCAACAACGGAAAGGGAGGCAAAUAUUACCUGAAUAAGAACGAAAACUCAAAAUCAAAAUAUAAUUCUGAGAUCAACAACUCAAAGACUAGCGGAACCGAAAUCAAGAAAACACCUAAAAGUACAUAUUAUUCAAAUUCCGAAGAAGAAAAUUCUGAUAGCAAAAAAUCGAGCUCUGAUUCUAACAACAAGAACACUUAUGAAGUAAGCGACUCUGGUAAUGGCAAACGCACUGUGUUUUCAUCAUCUUCUUCAAACAACUCUAAUUCUAACGAGAGUUCAUCAAACAGUUCUAAAAAGAACACUGUUAUAAAACACAGCUACUAAAAAUAUUAUAAAACUGCAAAUAUUCAGAAACCCAGUCGAUAAAACAGUACUCUCAAAAAUAGGUAAAACAGUGUUUUUAUUGUCGAGCAUAAAGCACAACCACUUUACUUAUACAUUUAAAAUGUGUGAUUCUCGUUAUGUACAAAAAUGAUCUGAUCAAAAUGAUACUAAACUUUAUUAUAAAUAAAGAAAGUGAUUGCAUUUAAA